AUGAUGAUUGCGAGUGGAUCAUCGCUGUUUGAGAGGGCCGUGCUGCCUGCAGCGCCGCCGCUGCCUGCAUCGGCGUGGGCACGAGCUUCCUACACGGCGAAGAAUUCGGCGUGGGCUGCCGCGUCGCAGCUGCAGGCAGCCGGCCCCGAGGUGCAGCUGCUGCAGGCCGCGGCGGACCCCCAGAUGCCGCUGGCCGCGAUGGGCCAGCAGGCGCGCGCCGCCAUCGACGUCGCGCUGCCCGCCACCGGCGCGCUGCUGCUCCGCGGCCUGCCGCUGCGCGACCCUGCCGCAUGCGACGCCUUUGUGGACGGCCUCGGCUUCACCAAAAUGGCGUAUGAGCCGUUUGGUGUUCCCCGCAAAAAGGCAAGAGGGGUGGAGAUCCAGCGCCGCGUUUCCGGGAUCGGCACCUUGGACGCAGCCACAAACAUAGGCGCCCAAGAGCUCCUGGACCUCCACAACGAGAUGACAUACAACCCGCGGCCCGCCUUCAAGAUCCUCCUGAUCUGCAUACACCCCGCCGCCGUGGGCGGCGACAGCCUUGUCGGAAGCACAGCAGAGGUCACGGCAAACGUGCCGGACUUUGUGGUCGAUCGGUUCGAGCGCCGCGGCGGCAUAAAGUACAAGCGCACCUACUCCAACGCCGACUUCCCGGCCGGCCCCGGCAAUUACAUAAUGAGCUGGCAGGAGCGCACCGGUGCACGCGACCGCGACGCGGCGGCGGCGCAUUUCCGCAGACUGGGGAUGACCGUGGACUGGGCCGGGGAGCGCGGGGACGAGCUGGUCGCGUGGAACGUGCAGCCGGCGGUGGUGUGUCACCCGGUGACGGGGGAGCGGCUGUGGUUCAACCUGGCGCAGCACCCGGCGCCCGGCAUGAUCACGUACGCCGACGGCAGUGACAUCGAGGAUGACACCGUCGAGGCGAUCUGGGCCGCGCGGAUGGCGGCCACGCGGUACGUCCGGCUGGACGCGGGUGACGUGCUGGUCUUGGACAACUACAGGUGA